CUGUUCUGACAAUCCUCUCUCACUCACUUUCUCUCGAUUGCUCUGUCUUGCUGUCUCUAUUUCAUGCACACACACACAUCACCUGGAAAGCAUGCAGGGCAGCUGGAAAUGUGCUAAGUCACCUGACACUUUUCAUUUGAUUCUCUUCUGUGUGCACAGCGUGAGCAAUCAGUUUCCCGUGACUGUGGGAGCAACAGUGAACCUUUGUUAAGAGCCAUCUAGCUGUGGAUAUUGCUUUGCCUCACUGAACCCAUUCUUGAUCUGGUUGUCUGAUGCAUCUUCUUACCUUCUGUUCCUUUGCUUUUCCAAAUCCCUCUUUUCAAACGGGCACUUUAGUUCUAUUUUGACAAUGUUUUCUAAGAAGUGUCUGGGAUUUCUUUAUUCUGGUCUCUAUCUGUGGGCGUACAUCUUCCCGUUAUUGAUUAAAGGUUGCUCAUUGUGUGAAUCAGAAGAACGAUUAUUCCAUAAACUCUUUUUCCAUUACAAUCAUUUCAUCAGGCCAGUGGAAAAUGUGUCUGAUCCUGUAACGGUGCAUUUUGAAGUGGCAAUUACACAGCUUGCAAAUGUGGAUGAAGUCAACCAGAUUAUGGAAACAAAUCUGUGGCUGCGACACAUUUGGAAUGACUACAAAUUGCGAUGGGAUCCAAUGGAAUUUGAUGGAAUUGAAUUUGUUCGAGUACCAGCAGAUAAAAUCUGGAAACCUGACAUUGUCUUGUAUAAUAAUGCUGUUGGGGAUUUUCAAGUGGAAGGAAAAACCAAAGCAAUCCUUCGAUAUGAUGGCAUGAUCACCUGGACUCCACCAGCUAUUUUUAAGAGUUCUUGUCCUAUGGAUAUCACCUUUUUCCCUUUUGAUCACCAGAACUGUUCACUGAAAUUUGGCUCCUGGACAUAUGACAAAGCCAAAAUUGAUCUUGUGAUCAUUGGCUCCAAAGUAGAUAUGAAUGAUUUUUGGGAAAACAGUGAAUGGGAAAUAGUUGAUGCUUCUGGCUACAAACAUGAUAUAAAAUAUAACUGUUGUGAAGAGAUCUAUACAGAUAUAACAUACUCCUUCUAUAUCCGUAGAUUACCAAUGUUUUACACCAUUAAUUUGAUUAUUCCCUGUCUCUUCAUUUCAUUCCUAACUGUGUUAGUAUUUUACCUUCCAUCUGACUGUGGCGAAAAGGUGACCCUCUGCAUCUCGGUGCUGCUUUCAUUGACUGUGUUUUUAUUGGUGAUCACAGAAACAAUUCCAUCCACCUCUCUGGUCAUUCCUCUGGUUGGAGAAUACCUGCUUUUCACCAUGAUUUUUGUGACCCUAUCAAUUGUUGUCACAGUGUUUGUUUUGAACAUCCAUUACAGGACUCCUACCACACACACUAUGCCCAAAUGGGUGAAAACUGUCUUCCUUAACCUGCUGCCCAAACUCCUGAUGAUGAGGAGACCUUUGGAAGAGCAGACCAAGGUUGGUUCAAAACAAAAUAAGAAGGAACCACCCAGUAAAUAUGGAAAAAUGAAGCACAGCAAAUCCAGUGAUGCUAAAUUAUACAAGGAGCAGAGAUGCUGCCAUUGUGACAAAGUGAAUGACCUGGCUAUCAGUAAAAAGAGACGAGCAAGCCAUCAUUCAAUGAAGAGAGUAACAGAACAUGUGGAGUACUCCCCUGAGAUCAAGGAAGUCAUAUGCAAUGUUCAAUUCAUUGCAGAGAACAUGAAGAAUCAAAAUGAAACAAAAGAGGUGGAAGAUGACUGGAAGUAUGUGGCUAUGGUGAUAGACAGGGUCUUCCUUUGGGUAUUUAUCAUUCUCUGUGUGUCUGGGACAGCAGGAUUAUUUCUACAGCCAAUAAUAGGAGACACAUAACUUCUACAGUGCUGUUUUGGUUUCCUUUUGUCUUAUUGCAGUUUCUCCUUAUGGAGUUCCCCAUUUGUCCUGUUUUCUUCUUCCCUUACAUUCACCCUAUUCUGCAGAGCUGAAGUUACUGUGAUGUCCUCUCUGGAAAAGAAAACAGGAUAAAGCUGCCUUUGCCAUCCAAAAAGGUUUGUUUUUCAAGGGAUGGUGGCUAGUAGAGAGGCAGAGGAAGCAUUUCUCCCCUUUGGGCACCACAGUGGCAUUUCCAGCAAUGCCUACUGCUUCUUUAGUGGGAGGGUUUUCAAGAGUUAUUGAAGUCAAUAGUAAAUGACUGCAGACUGCAUCAACAGAGCUAAGUCAAAGUGAGUUUUCUCAUUGCCUUCAGUGGAACAGAGUCAGGCCAAUACUGACUACUCUUGAACACCCCCCUCCCUACCACCCUUGGAGUAUCUUAGGAAGCUUUUCUUCUAGGGAUAGCUCACCCUGAACUUCUGGUGUGUUUAUUUUCCUGUACUUUUUGCUGUGUAAUAUUCUUCAGUGUAGAGCUUGGAUCAUGUACUCAGUCAUGCAGAACGCUUGGAUAUUAGUUUUUGCUGUGUUGUUAUAGUGAGUCCAUCAACGUAAUUGAAACCCCCAGAAAAAUGAAAACCGGUAACAUUUUGGAAGAGGUUAGAAAAAGCAAAACUCCCCACCCCCUGCAAAGUGCAUACUCCAAUGAAAACUCUAGUUCAGCCCCAAAAAAGCCUUUGAACAUGUGCUUUGCUUUAGUUCUAUGCUUAUGUCUCAUUGAAGAUAAUGGGCCUAAGCACCUGCUUAAGGCACUAUCCCUGCAGAGAUGUAGAUGCUCUCCUACUUUCACUGCACAGAAGCUCAUUGACUCCAGGUUGACUGAUCACAGGGCAAAACAGCAACAUGUGAAUAAAGAGUAAAUCCAGAAGGGGCUUUAGCGCCCAAGUGCCAUUUCAGAUGGCAAAGUUCAAUAAUGAGGUGCCACUAAGACCCUCAGCCUCCAACCCCCAUCCCUUGAUGCUGCCAGAUGCCCAAAGUCCCUAGGACUCUAAGAUUCUGCUUUGUAGCAUAUGCAAAGCCACCGGCUCCUUAUUCCACUGAGCUGCUCAGAGCCCUGGCUCAUGCCCAGACCCCUGCAGGAUUCUCCAAGGAGACGGUUCCCCAUUUAUCCAGUCUGCAGAGCCUCAUCUCACAGGCAUUCUCAGAACAUAUCCACAGGAUGAGGCCCCAUGCAGAAGGCAGCUGAUGGCAUUUUUGGGGCAGGGGGUUUUCCUCCAACAGAUCAGUGGAUAGGGUUGGGAGACCCUGCUUCAAAUUGUUACCCAUAUCCUAGGAGUGCAUAGGUAGCAAGCUGUUGAAAGGGUGUCAAAGAUACAGCCCACAGGGGCUGGGAAUUCAGGGGCAGGGCCUGCUGCCAAAUUUUUAGCUAUGAAGCCCCACUGGGGUUGUAUGUUGGUGUUGGGGAAACAAGAAACAGUCCACAGCACCACGCACCCUGCUGCUGCUGGGUCUAGAUCUGGCCCAUAAGAUAGGUGAGUUUGACAUGUUUGGGCUGAUGAAUCUAAAGCAGGGGCAGGGUUAGGUCUCUCUCUCUCUCUCUCUCUCUCUCUCUCUUUCUCAGUCUCUCUAUUUCAUGAAAUAGAGCUGGUGCAGUCAGCCCCUCUCCAGGUGUGAACCUUGAUCAAAAAUAGGUGCUAUUUGCCAGACCGGAGUUAAGCAUCUAAAUACUUCCAAGCAGUUGAUUUUAGGCAGCACCCCUGUCAUUGUCCUUCCCUACAGGCCAGCUUGGGUGGCUCUUCACUCUGAAUGCAGCUUCUGUUCCUGACUGCCCCUGUGAGUCAUCUGGAUACCUAACUUGGGGGCUGAGGGUUAUAGUGGGCAGCCAGAUAUCUCUGAGUUGGGUGCUGCAGUAACUAAGGCCCCACCUGGUUUGAACCCUGUGUUUUGCCCACAAGUCAACACAGGGGAUUUCUUUAUGCCAGGUGCUUUAUCCCAAGGGACAUGCCUGGGUAUAUUCUUACUAGCUUGGCUCUGAGGACUCUAUCCUGCCUUCUUUGCUAACAGACAAGAUGCCCAUUGGAGUCAACAGCCAUUUUUAACCUGAAUAUGCAGUGGAAGAUCAGGGUCUAAAUACAUAUAACUCAAACCCUGUCCCAUACAGAAAGACAAGAUAUCAGGACACAGGUGUGGGGGCAGUGCUGUGCUUUUGAUGUCUACCACAUGUUCUGGACUUCCUGCUUUCCUGAACCAACACCAUCGCCUAUGAAGAAAGGCCCAUUUUUUUUUGUAAUAUAAUAGAGCAAAGACUUAAGAACAGGGUUACUUAAAAUUUUAGUAAACUGAUUAUUUAAAAUGAGUGUGGAAAAGAAGAAAGGCUUGAUAAGUGCCAGGGAACAUUCUGUUAAGAAGAAAAUAUUCCUCAAUGCAGUAUUUAAAGUGUAUAGUACAACAUGAUAUAUAUAAAAAAGUAGUGAAACUAGUGCUGUCUUUAAUAGAGUUGAAUGCUGCACAACCACAGUGACCGUUAUACAGGUGUCUGAACAAGCAUUGCUAA